AUGGUUUUCAUCCCUUCGAAUACCGAACACUCGCCGGAUCGAGUGAUUCCUUGGACCUCUGAGUUUCCCGAUGACCUCUAUACACUUGGUGGCGUCCUCGGGAAGGGAACAUACGGUUCUGUUUACGAGUGUGUCGAGAAGAAAACAGGUCGAUGCUCAGCGUGUAAAGUGAUUCAGAAGCAUUUAGUCAGGAAUGAGGAGGACAAAUGGGAAUUACGACGGGAAAUGCAGAUUAUGCGGGAAUUAGGGUGCCAUUGCAACAUAGUGUCCCUGCAAAGAGUCUACGAGGAUUCGUCAGCCGUUUAUUUUGUGAUGGAGAAGUGCUCAGAUGGUGAUCUCUUGGGUUACAUCAGCAGAACGGGACCCGCUGAUGAGCACGAAGCCGCAAAGAUCUUUCGUCAGUUGAUUACAGCCGUGGCGUUUUGCCACGAACACGGUGUGGUGCAUCGCGAUCUGAAGCCUGACAAUGUCCUACUCACACGUCAGCAAUCGGAUCCUUCACUAUCCGGCAAUUUGCCGUUUGAAGACCUCAAUACCUACAAGGACUCACUAAGUUAUCUCUUCUCGACACUUUUCACUUCAUCAGAUCAAUUAUGUAAACCUCCAGCUGCAGAUGCAGAAUUAACGGCUGGCCAGGCUUACCUCCAAGUCAAGCUGACAGAUUUUGGACAGGCUGUGACGUGUCGUCGGGGAGGCUCCGUUUGCGGAGCGGCAGGAAGCCUACCUUACACAGCUCCUGAGCUGCUAUGCAGGUUGAAAUACAACGAGAAGGUGGACGUUUGGAGUGUAGGAGUAAUCUUAUACACGAUGCUAGCAGGAAGAUGGCCAUUUUAUUCGCCUAAGAAGAGCACAAUGAAGAAGAUGAUCUGCUCUGGACAGCUGGAUCUGGCUUCUGAACCCUGGCAUUUGGUCUCUUCUGAAGCUAAGGAUCUGGUGAGGAGAAUACUCUCUGUGGAUCCGAGUCACCGACCAUCUUGUCAAGAGCUCCUUAGGCACCCUUGGCUCGGAUGA